GGAAGAUGACUGGGAGAGCCCGAGCGAGAGCACGCGGAAGGGCCCGUGGUCAGGAGACGGUGCAGCACGUGGGCGCCACUGUGAGCCAGCAGCCUGGUCAUGUCCAGCCUGGACCUCAGCCGCCACCGGCAGAAGGGGAGCUGGCUGGCCGCGGACGGCAGAGGGGAGCCAUAGGAGCGACAGCCAAGUCACAAGAACUCCAGAUAUCCGCCGGAUUUCAGGAAUUAUCUCUGUCAGAGAGAGGGGGUCGCCGUAGAGACUUCCACGAUCUUGGUGUGAAUACAAGGCAGAACCUAGAUCAUGUUAAAGAAUCAAAAACAGGUUCUUCAGGUAUUAUAGUAAGGCUGAGCACUAACCAUUUUCGACUGACAUCCCGCCCCCAGUGGGCCUUGUAUCAGUACCAUGUUGACUAUAACCCACUGAUGGAAGCCAGAAGACUCCGCUCAGCUCUUCUUUUUCAACACGAAGAUUUAAUUGGAAGGUGUCAUGCUUUUGAUGGAACGAUACUAUUUUUACCUAAAAGACUACAGCACAAGGUUACUGAAGUUUUCAGUCAGACCCGAAACGGAGAGCACGUGAGAAUAAUGAUCACCUUAACAAACGAGCUCCCGCCGACGUCCCCGACGUGUUUGCAGUUCUACAAUAUUAUUUUUAGGAGGCUUUUGAAGAUCAUGAAUUUGCAACAAAUUGGACGGAAUUAUUACAACCCAAGUGACCCAAUUGAUAUUCCAAAUCAUAGGUUGGUGAUUUGGCCUGGCUUCACUACCUCUAUUCUUCAGUAUGAAAAUAACAUCAUGCUUUGCACGGAUGUCAGCCAUAAAGUCCUUCGAAGUGAAACUGUUCUGGAUUUCAUGUUCAACUUGUAUCAUCAAACCGAAGAACAUAAGUUUCAAGAACAAGUUUCUAAAGAACUGAUAGGUCUAAUUGUUCUGACCAAGUACAACAAUAAAACGUACAGAGUGGAUGAUAUUGACUGGGACCAGAAUCCAAAGAGUACCUUUAAGAAAGCCGAUGGCUCUGAAGUCAGUUUCUUAGAGUACUACAGGAAGCAAUAUAACCAAGAAAUCACCGACUUGAAGCAGCCGGUUUUGGUCAGCCAGCCUAAGAGGAGGAGAGGCCCUGGCGGCUUGUUACCUGGCCCUGCGAUGCUUAUUCCUGAGCUCUGCUACCUGACAGGUCUAACCGAUAAAAUGCGCAAUGAUUUUAAUGUGAUGAAAGACUUGGCUGUUCAUACGAGGUUAACUCCAGAACAGAGGCAGCGGGAAGUGGGAAGGCUGAUCGAUUACAUCCACAAAGAUGAUAACGUUCAGAGGGAGCUUCGAGACUGGGGUUUGAGCUUUGACUCCAACUUACUGUCCUUCUCAGGAAGAAUUUUGCAAGCAGAGAAGAUUCAUCAAGGUGGAAAAACAUUUGACUACAAUCCACAGUUUGCAGAUUGGUCAAAAGAAACAAGAGGCGCACCACUGAUCAGCGUUAAGCCGCUGGAUAACUGGCUGUUGAUCUAUACUCGAAGAAACUACGAAGCAGCCAAUUCAUUGAUACAAAACCUAUUUAAAGUCUCACCAGCCAUGGGCAUACAAAUGAAAAAAGCAGUAAUGAUUGAAGUGGACGACAGGACGGAAGCCUAUUUGAGAGUCUUACAGCAGAAGGUUACCUCAGAUACCCAGAUAGUUGUUUGUCUGUUGUCAAGUAACCGGAAGGACAAGUACGAUGCUAUUAAAAAAUACUUGUGCACAGAUUGCCCGACUCCAAGUCAGUGUGUGGUGGCCCGAACCUUAGGCAAGCAGCAGACCGUCAUGGCCAUUGCUACAAAGAUCGCCCUGCAGAUGAACUGCAAGAUGGGAGGAGAGCUUUGGAGGGUGGAUAUGCCUCUAAAGCUAGCAAUGAUAGUGGGCAUCGAUUGUUACCAUGACACCACAGCUGGACGGAGGUCAAUUGCAGGGUUCGUCGCAAGCAUCAACGAAGGGAUGACCCGCUGGUUCUCUCGCUGUGUAUUUCAAGACAGAGGACAAGAGCUGGUCGACGGGCUCAAAGUCUGCCUGCAAGCCGCUCUGAGGGCCUGGAAUAGCUGCAACGAGUACAUGCCUAGUCGGAUCGUCGUGUUCCGGGACGGCGUCGGGGACGGCCAGCUCAAGGCGCUGGUCAGCUACGAAGUGCCGCAGUUUCUGGAUUGCCUGAAGUCUGUGGGGAGAGGCUACAACCCAAGACUAACGGUGAUUGUGGUGAAGAAGCGGGUGAACGCCAGGUUUUUCGCGCAGUCGGGAGGGAGACUUCAGAACCCGCUUCCUGGGACGGUCAUCGACGUCGAGGUCACCAGGCCAGAAUGGUAUGACUUCUUCAUCGUGAGCCAGGCGGUAAGGAGCGGCAGCGUCUCCCCCACGCACUACAACGUCAUCUACGACAGCAGCGGCCUGAAGCCGGACCACAUCCAGAGGCUGACAUACAAGCUCUGCCACGUCUACUACAACUGGCCGGGUGUCAUUCGUGUUCCCGCCCCCUGCCAGUAUGCCCACAAACUGGCCUUCCUUGUCGGCCAGAGCAUUCACAGAGAGCCAAACCUGUCCCUGUCCAAUCAGCUUUACUACCUCUGACCGGCGGAAGAAGACAAGACGUAGCUGGUUUUUCUUUCUGAAAUUACAACUUCGGGAUUUUUUAAGCUCUUUUUAAAAUUGUAUCUUUCUGGAUGAAACCUGGGAGGGACUUAGGAGCUCCAGAGUCUUCCUUCCAACAUUGCCAUUAACUUAUUUGAUAGGCGGAAAUGAGGGUUUUAUACUUUAUCUUGUUUGGUUCUCAUAAACGUGUGAGGAUUUUUUGUUCUUAAAAAAUGUGGAUAAGGUAUUCUGUAUUUGUAAACAGACUCUUUUAAUCUAUUUGGAAAGCAGGGAUUUUGUUGAAAGUGCUUUCAGGAGUGGGCAAGUUCUACGCAUAAAGCUGCAUUGACCUUAUGUUUGAAAUACUUGUUUCGAAUUUAAAGAAGAGAAAAGGCAUGAAAGUGGGAAGCUCAGUACAGUCCAGAGGCAGGGUUGUGUUUGGCCACCUGGUCAUCUCGCUUAAGGCAAAAGCUGCCAUCAAAUAACCUGCACGAGGCAUAGGACAGGCGUGUGGCUGGAGGGAAGUGCUUGCUUUUUAUUGCAUGUCUGGGGCUAAAAAAGAGAUAGCUGGAAGUUUUAAAUUUGUGUCCGAAGGAACAUUUUAAGACUGUUAAUAAAAAAGGCCAGUAGUCUUUAUUAACAUUACUAUUCAUCUAUUUAUUUUUUUGCAACUGGGACAUCAUUCAGUUUGUUACAAAAUAAAAUUGCAGUGAUUGUCUUCUUAUCUGAAUAACAGUGUAGUUUUUAUUUGUACCGAAAGCAUAUGCAUUUUCUUUCCAUUUAAUUUGAUUAAACUUCUGGGGAGUACACUCAGAGGAUAUGAUUCCAUUUUAAAGCCAAAUUAGUGUCACUUAAUGAACCUCAGUGUCAGAGUGAAAUUCUGUCAGGAGGUGCUGCAGCCUGCAGCGUUAGUAGUGUUAAGUCUGGCCCCGUAGCUGGUAAGGCAGUGCAGGCUCAGAGGGCCGUGUGUGGUGAAGUUGAGCGGUGUAAUUAUUCACAUCUGCAUUCUCGUAGGAAUUUUCAGGGAAUCUUGCAAAGAGCAGGCUUGAAGUUAAUGUGUACGAACACCCUUGAGCAUCGCUUCCA